UGCCUUUUGAUAAGGUUGUACUUUUGAAACAAAAAACUAGUGUGAAAAAAAAUUUGGAUUUACUAUAAAAUGGACAAAUACAUCUACCAUCGGGUUAUAGGCACGUCAGUCACUUUGACAUGGUUGGCUCUAUCCACGUUGUACACACACAUAGAGAUGGAUAAACACCUGCCGACCCAUCCGGAACUACAGGUGUUUAAAGAUUUAAGUGCCCGGUACAAUACUGUGUGGAAUGCUGUUUUCUUGAAUAUUUAUGGUGUAGUGUCUCUAAUAUGUGACCUGGCUCAAAUAAAGGGAGGUGACAAGGAAGUGCCUCAUGGUGUAAAGAAAUUCCGGUUCAAAUGGUUCCACGAAGUCGUGUUCCCUCAGAUGGUGGCCAUGAGCAUCUUCUGGCCAGUAUAUUUUUUCGACAGGGAGUUAGUGUUCCCAGCUGUAGUUGAUAUACUUAUGCCCCCAUUUGGAAACUUUGUAUUCCAUGGACUACCGAUCCUUUACGUCUUCUGGGAACUGAUACAUUUACCCGAAGACCAGCCGAAAAAUAGGAGUGACAUUAAGAAAAUUUACUCUAUUUCGAUCAACGCUUGGUUUGUGUUUCUGACGCUCUACACCAAGUACGUGGACCUAGGAGUAUGGAUGUAUGAGUUGCUGACAUUUUUCGAAGACUCCAUGGUCUUCCCGUUUAUGUUCACAAUCGUAGGAUUGCUGUCAUACAUCGCUUUCAACGCCCAAUGGAUCAUCAAAGAUUUUGUAUGGAAACUGAGAAAAUUCGAGAAACUCACCGUUAAAGACAUUCAUUUUUUCAAAAGCGUUUACAAAAUCUACAUACAGAGAGAAUACAAAGACAAUUAAAUUAAUUAUAAUACAAUUACAUUUUAAGU